AUGUUACCUCUAUCAUCUCUUGCUACAUGCCCAAUGCGUAGCUCUACACGCAGCUCUUUCCUGGUGCUCUCGCUCGUUCCCCUGCCAGUGCCCUCGCCUGUUGCCUCAACACCCUUGUCUGCGCCUUCAACGCCCUUGUCUAUUGCAUCGCCUAUCAAAGCACCCUCACCAUCGGCAUCCGCGCCUGAUGUGCCUCCAGCCCAGGCAUCCUCGCUCGUGCCUUCGGCACCUUACCUAAGGCUUGUUCCUUGA